AUCAUCAAAUUGGCAACGAAGCCGUAGUUCACACGCCGAACGUUGGAUUGCCGAUUUUCUCGUUAAAUAUGGCUUUAGGCAUCACUGAAAUAAAGAAGUUGCGGGUAGCUGAUCUAAGAACAAGACUAUCAGACCUAGGCCUUCCUAUAAAUGGAUUAAAAGCAGAGCUGGUGGAGAGAUUAUUCUCAUACUAUCAACAACAACGGAGCAUAGAGGAGCAGCAGCAACAUGGCAGCCAGCGUGGAGCCCAACAUGAGGAAUUUGCCCAAGUAUUCCAACCAGAUAGGAUGGGAGAACCACCUACUUUGCAUUCUCCUCCAAUACAACCUCCAAGGAUGGACUUUGGGCAGGCCAAUGAACCCCCAUCCUUCCCCCAACAGCCACCACCUUCUCAGCAGACCAUGCAGAUGCCUCCUGUAGCCCACAUGCAAGCACCUCAGAUGCAUUCACCCCAAAUGCAGCCUCCUCAAAUGCAGCAGCCUUCAAUGCAUUCCCCUCAAAUGCAGCACUCCCCAAUGCAACGCCCUCCAAUGCAUUCUCCUCAAAUGCAACACCCUUCCAUGCAGCCACCUCCAAUGCAUCCUUCCCAAAUGCAACGCCCUCCAAUGCAUUCUCCCCAAAUGCAGCUCCCUCCCAUGCAACCCCCACCGAUGCAGUCUCGUCAGAUGGAACCCCCUCAAAUGCAGCCUCCUCAAAUGCAGUCUCUUCAAAUGGAACCCCCACAAUUGCAGUCCCUUCCAAUGGAUCCCCCUCAAAUGCAGGCCCGUCAAAUGCAGCCCCCUCAAAUGCAGGUUACUCCGAUGGAACUCUCCCAAAGGCAGCCCCCUCAAUUGAAACCUCCUCAAAUGCAGCCUCAUCAAAUGGAACCCCUUCAUUUGCAGUCUCAACGAAUGGAACCUUCUCAAAUGCAGUCUCGUCAAAUGGAGCCCCCACAAAUGGAACCCCCUCGAAUGCAGUCUCAUCCAGUAGAACCUUCUCAACUACAGUCGCGUCAAAUGGAACCCUCUCCAAUGCAGUCCUCCCAAAUGGAGCCCCCUCCCAUGCUAAUGUCUCAAUUGCAGGCACGUCUAAUGCAACCUGAAAUUCAGCAACCUCCAACACGACCCCCUCCCAUCCAGUCUUCUCAAAUGCAACCACCCCAAAUGCAGCCCUCUUCGAUGCAAUUACCUUCUUUCCAACAACCUCCAGCUCCUUUCCAGACAUCAGAAUCUCCACCUGUCGUGCAAAAUCAACCAUCAUUUCCCACUCCCCCGCCACAGCCUCCCAAACCCCCUCACAUGCUCCUACAAGCUAGCCAGACACCCAUGCAGCAGCCUCCGCCAAUGCCCAUCCCUUCUCCUCCAACACCCCCAGCCCAGCUACCAUCCCCCUUAGAUACACCAAAUCUACCCAUGCAGCUUCCCAACUUGGGAGCAGGGCAACCCCCUCCUAUUCCUCCCCCACCGCCCCCACCAAUGUCACUAGCCCAGAUGUCAGCAGCUCCACCCCCCGUGGUGCCAGCUGAAACCAUAUCACCGCCUCCCCAGCACAUGAGUGGAGCAGAGAUGAUGGAGAUACGACAGGUACAGGAACGGGAAAAGCAUGAGAGAGAGGCGGCAGAGGUUGCCGAAGUGGCUCGUAUCGCAGAAGAGCAGCAGGAGCUGAUUGAAAGAGAAAAGCAGAGGAUCCUCCAGCAGCAACAGGAACGCAUUAGACAGAGACAGGAGCAGCAGAGACACGAGGAUGAACAGAAGAUGCAGAAAGCCAUGCAGCAGCAAAAGAUGCUGGAAGAACAGCGCCAGGCACGAGAGCUGGAUGAGGAGACUAGACAGAAGGUCGUCCAACAACAGAUUCUUAUAGAGCAUCAGCGUGUUGUAGAGGAAACUAUGAAGGAAGCAGAUCUUCUUCGCGAUCAACAGAGGGCUUUAGCUGUACAGAGAGAAGAAGAAGUCAAGAUCAGAAAGCAACAAGAAAUGCUGGAGAUUGAGGCUUCACAGCAGAGGGAACAUCAGCAACAAGUCAAUAUGGGUGGUCUGUUACCAAUCCCAACCACCGGAGCUCCAACCCAGUCUCGUAUGCGGCCAGAGAUGGAACGCCCACCACGCCCCUCAUCACGCUUGGAGCCACCACCCAUGGGCCAGAACAUCCGAGGACCAAGACCUGGUUUCCAACCAGGGGCUAUGGAGCACAGGGGGGGACCACACGACAGGCAUCGCAUGCCUCAGCGUGAUGGCAGGGGUCCAGGACCAGAUGGCAGGGGGCCAGGACCAGAUGGCAGGGGUCCAGGACCAGAAUCCAGGCACAUGAUGGGGAGAGACCGAUUUGAGAGGAUGCCCCCUCAUCUGAUGAUGGACAAGGGGCAUCCACCCCCUCUGUUAGAUGAUGGUGGGCCACCAAAGAUGGAUGAUGAGCUAGCUAAAGACAUUAAAGUACCACAAGCCAUGGAGAAGGUGUUUGCUUUCAAGAAUAAGAGAGCCCAGCAGAUUGGAGCAAACGUUGAUGAAGCAGCUGAGAAAGCAGAGUUCUUCCCACCAGAAGGAGAACGUGAAGCCUCCGAUGAUGAAGCUGACAAUGAAGAGGAAGAGGAAGAAGAAGAAGAGGAGGGACAGGAGGAGGAGGGAAAAAAGAAGUCUCAAUCCAACAAUCAGAAAAUGUCGAAGAACAGGCGAAGGAAGCUGAAGAAGAAGAAGAGGAAAGCAGCCAAGCGUGCAGAGCAGGAGCAAGCCGCUGAGGAGAACCAACUCAAGAAGGAGGAAGAAGAGAAGAAAGGCAAGAAGAAAGAAGAAAAGGUGGAGGUGGAAUACGUUGCAGAGAAGAUUGAAGUCAUUGACCCAGCAUUCAGGCAGUUCCAGAGGAUAUUCCAAGCAUUCCAGCUCUCUGAGCCAUUGAAACCAGAAGUCCGAGAGCCAGAGGAGGCAACUAAACUACCCGAGAAGCAGAAAGAGAAGGACUCAGAUUCAGACUCUGAUGACGAUAGUGAUAUGGAGGAAGAUGAUGGAAAACCCAGGAUUUCUAAGAAGAAGUUGCGUAAGCUGAAUCGUCUGAGCGUAGCUGAGCUCAAGCAGCUGGUGACCAGACCAGACGUGGUGGAGAUGCAUGAUGUCACGGCUAGGGAUCCCAAACUACUCGUCUACCUCAAGGCAUACAGGAACACGGUUGGUGUACCAAGGCAUUGGUGUUUCAAGCGCAAGUACCUGCAGGGUAAAAGAGGUAUCAUCAAGCCACCGUUUGAGCUGCCAGAGUUCAUCCAGAGAACAGGCAUCAUGGAGAUGAGGCAGGCCCUGCAAGAAAAGGAAGAGCAGCAGACAAUGAAGACAAAGAUGCGACAGAAAGUCCGACCCAAGAUGGGCAAGAUUGACAUUGAUUACCAGAAACUCCACGAUGCCUUCUUUAGAUGGCAGACAAAGCCCAAGCUGACCAUACACGGUGACCUGUACUACGAAGGGAAAGAGUUUGAAACCAAACUGAAGGAGAAGAAACCGGGAGAACUGAGUGAGGAGCUGAGGACAGCUCUCGGCAUGCCUACAGGAGGUAAUGCUAACAACUACCCCCCGCCCUGGUUGAUUGCCAUGCAGAGGUACGGACCCCCACCCUCGUACCCACAUCUCAAGAUCCAGGGACUCAAUGCACCCAUCCCAGAGAGUUGUUCCUUUGGUUACCAUGCCGGAGGAUGGGGGAAGCCCCCUGUGGAUCAGACUGGCAAGCCUCUCUAUGGAAACGUCUUUGGCACAGAUGCUGCUGACCUCAAGGCUGAGGAGGAGGAAGAGAUUGAUACGACAAGAUGGGGUGAACUUGAGAGUGAGUCAGAAGAGUCAUCAUCAGAGGAGGAGAGUGAAGAGGAGAGAGAAGGAGGAGAGAUAGACGAGAGUGGUCUUAUCACUCCAGCUGACGGUGGGUUGAUCACUCCCAGCGGCCUCACCUCCAUUCCCACUGGCAUGGAGACUCCGGACAUGAUUGAGCUGCGUAAGAAGAAGAUAGAGGAUGCCAUGGAACAGGGUACGGAGACUCCGCAGCUCUACACCGUCAUCCCGGAGAAGAAGACUAAUGUAGGAGCCGCCAUGGUGGGAUCCACUCAUGUCUAUGAUCUACCUCCAGUUGGUGCUAAGAAGCUAGCAGGAGCAACAGCGAGCGAAGGAGUAGCCAUUGCCUUAGAUCCAAGUGAAUUGGAUAUGGAUACAGAAGCUAUGACAGCCAAGUAUGAGGAGCAAGUAAGAGAACAGCAGAGCCAACUGGAAAAGGAAGACUUCAGUGACAUGGUGGCUGAACAUGCAGCUAAACAGAAGAACAAGCGUAAGAAACAGACCCAGGACAGUGGAAGGGCAGCCAAGAAAUACAAGGAGUUCAAGUUCUGAUUCAUGCUCGUCCAGAUAUGUCAUAUGUAUAUUUUAGGCUAUCUGAAGCAAACAUUACUUAUUUUUAGAGUGUCAUUUUGUUAAUACAUGGAUAAUAUCCAUAGGGUAAAAAAGUUGAAAAUGAAAGUACAGUACUGUCCUUCAGCCAAUAAAUUUUGAAUAGUCAAGAUCUGUCGACAUUAACAUGUAUGAUGAUUAAAACAUUUGAAUAUUGUCAUCCUUCUCUUAAAGGGGAAAAUCAAGGGAAAAGGCUACAUAUUUCAAGAGAUUAUUUGUGCAUCAAUUCCCCAAUUCAAACCAUGUUUUGUUACCA